GUACCAAUUGGAAGACGAUUCUGCCCACUUGGAUGAAAUGCCGCUGAUGAUGUCUGAGGAAGGCUUCGAGAACGACGAGAGUGACUACCACACGUUGCCGCGUGCAAGGAUGACGCGGAGAAAGAGAGGGCUCCAGGGGCUGGUCUGUGGCGGGUGGAAGUCCGUCUGCGCCAGUUGCUGUGACUGGCUGGUACAUAUCUGCCAACGGAAAAAUGAGCUGAAAGCUCGCACCGUGUGGCUGGGAUGUCCUGAGAAGUGUGAAGAAAAACACCCCAGGAAUACUAUAAAAAACCAAAAAUACAACGUGUUUACCUUUAUACCUGGGGUUUUAUACGCACAGUUCAAGUUUUUCUUGAACCUCUAUUUUCUGGUAGUCUCCUGCUCACAGUUUGCACCGGCAUUGAAAAUAGGCUACCUCUACACCUACUGGGCUCCUCUGGGAUUUGUCUUGGCUGUUACUGUCAUUAGGGAGGCAAUUGAUGAAUUUCGGCGUUUUCAACGAGACAAGGAAGUGAAUUCACAAUUAUACACCAAGCUUACAGUAAGAGGUAAAGUGCAAGUGAAGAGCUCAGAUAUUCGCGUCGGAGACCUCAUCAUAGUGGAGAAGAAUCAAAGAAUUCCAUCAGACAUGGUGUUCCUUAGGACUUCAGAAAAAGCAGGUUCCUGCUUUAUCCGGACUGACCAGCUGGACGGGGAAACCGACUGGAAGCUGAAAGUGGCCGUGAGCUGCACCCAGCGGCUGCCAGCUCUGGGGGACCUUUUUUCGAUCAGUGCAUACGUUUAUGCCCAGAAGCCACAACUGGACAUCCACAGCUUUGAAGGCACGUUCACCAGGGACAGUGACCCGCCUGUGCACGAAAGUCUCGGCAUAGAGAACACACUGUGGGCAAGCACCGUUGUUGCCUCAGGUUCUGUAAUAGGUGUUGUCAUUUAUACUGGAAAAGAGACUCGGAGUGUAAUGAACACAUCCAAUCCAAAAGACAAGGUUGGUUUGUUGGACCUUGAGCUCAACCAGCUGACGAAGGCGCUGUUCCUGGCCCUGGUCGUCCUCUCUGUGGUCAUGGUCACCUUACAGGGCUUUGUGGGCCCCUGGUACCGCAACCUCUUCCGGUUCCUCCUCCUCUUUUCCUACAUCAUCCCCAUAAGUUUGCGGGUGAACUUGGACAUGGGCAAAGCAGCCUACGGAUGGAUGAUUAUGAGAGAUGAGAAUAUUCCGGGCACCGUUGUUCGGACCAGCACUAUACCAGAGGAAUUGGGGCGCCUGGUGUAUUUACUGACGGACAAGACAGGGACCCUCACCCAGAACGAGAUGGUGUUCAAGCGGCUCCACCUGGGCACCGUGUCCUACGGAGUGGACACCAUGGACGAGAUCCAGAGCCACGUGGCCAGUUCCUACUCGCAGACGCAUUCUCAAGCUUGUGGAAACAAUGCCAGUUCGUCUCCACCGAGAAAAGCCCAGGCUUCAGCCCCCAAGGUGAGAAAAAGCGUGAGCAGUCGGAUCCACGAGGCUGUGAAAGCCAUCGCCCUGUGCCACAACGUGACCCCUGUGUACGAGUCCCGAGCUGGUGCCCCCGGGGAGCCCGAGGCUGCCGAAGCAGACCAGGACUUCAGUGACGAGAACCGCACCUACCAGGCCUCUAGCCCCGAUGAGGUCGCUCUGGUGCAGUGGACAGAAAGCGUGGGCCUGACACUGGUCAGCAGGGACCUCAACUCCAUGCAGCUGAAGACACCUGGAGGCCAGGUCCUCACCUACCACAUCUUGCAGAUGUUCCCCUUCACCUCCGAGAGCAAGCGGAUGGGCAUCGUGGUCAGGGAGGAGUCCACGGCAGAGAUCACAUUUUACAUGAAAGGUGCCGAUGUCGCCAUGUCCAGCAUCGUCCAGUACAAUGACUGGCUGGAAGAGGAGUGCGGGAACAUGGCACGGGAAGGGCUGCGGACCCUCGUGGUGGCCAAGAGGGCAUUGACGGAGGAGCAGUACCAGGACUUUGAGAGCCGAUACACUCAGGCCAGGCUAAGCCUACAUGACAGGAGCCUGAAGGUGGCGGCCGUGGUGGAGAGCCUGGAGCGGGAGAUGGAGCUGCUGUGUCUGACAGGUGUGGAGGACCAGCUGCAGACGGACGUGCGGCCUACUCUGGAGCUUCUGCGCAACGCCGGGAUCAAG